GUGAAACUGUCAGCCCCCCGAACGAACCGGCAUGGCUCGGACCAGCGUGGACGACGACGCGACGGUCCCCCACGAAGACGAACAAGCACUCCUCAAGAAGACCUCCGCUCGGGUGGAGGAUACGUCGUAUGUCGGUGGUGUUCCGAACCUCUGGCAUCCAUCGCACAUCGGCCUCAUGAUCACGUACGCGGGGGUCGGCGUCCUCCACGGCGCGUUUCCCCGCACAGUGUAUCCGUUUUUCCGCAACUAUCUCAACAUGGACGGGUACCAGGUCGCAGCGUGCACGAGCAUUAUCGACAUGGCGUGGUCGUUCAAGGUCUUCUUUGGGCUCGUCAGCGACAGCGUGCCCGUUUGGGGGUACCGUCGACGUCCGUACGUGUUGCUCGGAUGGGUGAUUUCCCUGGCGUUCAUGCUGCACAUUGCGACGACCCCCGCCGAAGCGCCGUAUUACACCAAGGGACAGAUCCUGUCCGUGCCCGACGUUCAGCUCCGCCACGUAGACAACCCCCACGCCCCGGCUGACGGCACCAAGUACAUCUUGCUUCUCAUGGGGGCGAGCAUGGGCUACGUCAUGGCCGACGUCGCGUGCGACGCUGCUAUGGUCGAGCUCGCGCAAACCGAGCGCGAGGACGUUCGGGGGCACACGCAGAGUUGGUCGUACAUCAUCAAGUAUAUGUUUAACAGUAUGGCCACGGGGGUUGUGGGCUUGGUCCUCAACGGUCCCGAGUAUGGGGGAGCGUUUACGUGGUCGAUUUCGUUCAACGCGCUCAUGUGGGGGCUCAGUGGUGUGGUGAUGGCCGUGCUUCCCGCCGUGUUUUGUUUUCCAGAUAAACUGCCCCCGUCGGUGUCCCCCCUCGGUGAAAAGUGCCGGGAAAUGUACACCGUGGUUACCCAACGUGCCAUUUGGCAGACCAUGUGGUUCCAGUACCUGAACGGGUUCUUCUUGGGCUUUGACGCUGCCCCCAGCAGCGUUGUGGCGUCGGACUGGGCCCACGUUGAGCCCAUCAACGACAGCAUCUUUAGCAUGGCGUCCACAGCCCUAAUGGCGCUCGGCAUGUACGUCACGAACCGGUGCUUCCUCGAUGCCGACUGGCGGGUCCUUGUCGGCGUCACGACGGUGGCAAUCGUAGCGCUAGAUUCGUUUGUGAGUGCGUUAACAAUCUACGAUGUUGUGCGCAACCAGUGGUUUUACCUGGGUGCCCCCGUGCUCAACAACCUGCCCCAAGGCAUCCGCUUUGUCGUGUCGGGGUUUGUGAUCGUCGAGGUGGCUGACAUGGGCCACGAAGGCGCCACGUAUGGCCUGGUCACAACGGUGUCGAAUCUGGCCACCCCCCUCGCCAGCGCCGCGUCGAGCUUUAUCGACGGAUUCUUCCACGUGUAUCAAGCCGACAUUGACAGUGACACCCCCCCAGUGCGCAACCGAGUUGCAUAUACCUACGCGGUUGCGUACGCCAUGAAAUUGACCAGCCUAUUGACCCUCGUCCUUCUCCCGGGGCAGAAGCGCCAAGCCCAAGCGUUGAAACGAGAUGGAGGGCGUUAUCCGUGGGUUGGGUUCUGGACGCUGGUGGUAACUGGAGCCUCGCUCGUGGCCGGUGUGGUGACGAAUCUCCUUGCGAUUGUGCCUGCCACCGCCUGUAUGAAAGUCGCAGGGGGGCCAGGAUGUAGCCCCAAAAGUAGUGCCUUUGCUGGAUGGUAAAUGUGACGUGGGAAGUUAGUUGUGUGUAGUAGAAGAAUCGGCAGAAGGAUUUAGCCAAUCAUCAACAUGCAAUUAGUGUGUUAAAAUCAAAUUCACGUUAAUGGAAUACCAAUCGUCCGAA